GGAGCUGAGGCUGUCCCGGGCAGGGCGCCGGCGGCCCCGAAUCACCUGUCCACUCCGCGAACUGAGUUUGGGCGGCUGGCGGAGAGUUUGAGAGCCGGGUAGCCGGAGCUUCUAACCGGAAUGGAGGAAGGAGACUUCUCAGGUUCAUCCGUGCGAUCCGAGGUGACGGAUGGGCGGAACACCACGACCACGACAGAAACACGCACAACCUCUGAACUCCAACCGAAGCCCCUUGUGCUCAGGCUCCUGGAGGUGCAGAAUGGUGACGAGGCCGAAGCGGUUGGGGAGGAAGGACAAGAAGAGGACUACGAAGGGUCCAAGACUCACAAAUCCCAUGAGGUCUCCGCAUCCUUCAGAUCCCACAACUCCAGCGAUCCUCCCCAGUCCCGCAAGGCCAGUGAUUCCCUCCGGUCUCGCAAGGGCAUUGAGCCCCUGGAGCCCCGCAAGACCAGUGAUUCCUUCCGGUCCCUAAUGGGCAGUGAUCCCCUUCAGUCAUCCGAGCGCCAGGAGGAUGGAAAAGAUGAUUUGUUUCCCAACGCAGUGAUUAUGACCUCCCCAUCUUUGAUAGCCAGAUACCUACCACGGCUCCAGCUGGCUUCUCUGAGAGCACACCCAGUUACCCGUGACCUUGUAAAGAAAUGUUUUUAUUCUAGGAAAAGAGUUCAAGAUCUUUCUAAACCGAAAAAGCAAUGGGGAACUCCGGACAGGAGGCUGUUUUGGGGAAAUCAAGAUCCCAUUCGCCCUGUUUCUGAGGCUGCUUUGAAAGCUAAGCUAUCCAAGAGAAUUGAGGACCUUGCUCAGCCCAGGCUGGUCUCCCGACAUUAUGUCCCUAACAGAAUUCAAUAUUACUACAGCUGCGGAAGAGAGUCUGUUAUCUGGGAGAUCUCUCCUCCUGCGCUGGUUACCCGGCCUUCCAAACGGAUCCAGAAGCUGGCCAAACCCAACAAAUUCAAAGCACAGAGUCUGAUAAAGAGAGAAACCGUACCAGGCACCACUCGUUACUCUGAUCCUUCUCCCCGGAUUCUGCGACUCUCCAUCGCCAAAGGCACCAAUCCCAGCUACCUUCCUCCAAAGACCUUGGAAACCAAGAUUUCCUUCUCUACCCUGAGUGCUGUUGCAACUCCAAGGAUUGUAGACCUUGCCCACCCAAGGAUUAAGAUAGAGGGCCUAUGCUAUGAAAGAGAAAGGAGUGAAUUGCCCAUCCGUCCCGUAGCCCCUGCUGCCCUACUUGCUAAUCCUAGUAAAAGAACGAUAUUUCUAGCAAAGUCCAAGCGUGUUCAUGAAGACUAUCUCCCUAUCCGAGAUGCUCGGUGGCCUGUAUCUUACGCUGCGACUCAUUCUCAGGUGUCUGAGAGAGUCCAGGAGUUAGCUAAUCCACACACAAGGGGUCCAGCGAACCUUGUAUACUACGACCCAAACGUCUUUAAAGUCAAGCCUUCUGCUUUAAAAGCACACUGUUCCGACAGGGUCAAGGAGCUGGCGGAACCCAUUGUGCGUUAACUACGGCAAGCCACCCCAGGUAGACACAAGUUAGGUAUCUAGACCGUGCGGCAGAUAACUUUGUUCCCAGCCUUGGUAUUUACAUCUUACUGAUCACCUCCCAGACAUGAGACUUCCAGAAAACACCGCUGUGAGCGUCAGAUGGCACCGUGUGUGAUCUUGUCUUUACCAAGUUUGGGGACCUUACCCAGCAAUAAAAAAGAAAGCAGUGCCUGCCUCAUUA